CCACCGCCUCUAACAUUGUUCGUGGGACGCUGCUCUGCUUCUGUAGCAAGAGGGUAAAAGAAGCUCCUUUUGGUACUUUCUUCAGAGUUCUGAAGCUGAAAAUUCCAAUCAUAACCUGUGAAAGGAAACGCUGAUUGGAAAUUUAUAAGCAAGAGUUAUGGGAGAUACAGAUAGAGGCCAUUUACACUUUGCUUUUCUAGAAAGUAUUUCUAGAAGCUAUAUAUCGGUUGUAAACAAAUAUAGGUUGCAUGGCAUUGUGGGUGCAGCUAUCCUUGGGCUUAUUCUGCCUUUAGUAGUUUCAUCGCUAUAUGUGCUCAAGAAGAAGAAUAAGCAAAGAGCAGUGCAAAUAAAUGUGGGUGGUGAGCCAGGUAUUACAAUGCGACAUAUUAAGUUCUCCUCUUUAGUUGAAGUUCCUUGGGAAGGGGCCACAACAGUGGCAGCUCUUUUUGAGCAAUCUUGCAAGAAGCAUACUCAACGUCGGUUUCUUGGAGCGCGGAAGCUAAUCUCCAGAGAAGUAGUAGACUCUGCUGAUGGGAGGAAGUUCGAAAAGUUUCAUCUUGGGGAAUACUUGUGGCAAACUUAUGGGGUAAUAUUUGAUCGUGCUUGUAAUUUUGCCUCUGGUCUUAUCAAAAUGGGCCACAGUGCAGAGAGUCGUGCCACAAUUUUCUCUGAUACUACGGCAGAGUGGUUCAUUGCCUUGCAGGGAUGCUUUCGCCAAAAUAUAACAGUCGCAACAAUAUAUGCAUCUCUUGGUGUGGAUGCGCUUAUCCACUCACUUAAUGAGACGCAAGCAUCAACCCUGAUCUGCGAUUCAAAGCAACUGAAGAAGUUACCUGCAAUAAGCUCAAGGUUAUUAAGUAUUAAGUAUGUUGUUUACUUUGAAGAUGAAGGAGCAGAUUGCUCUGAUUUUUCAGAUUAUGUCAACCAUUGGACAGUGUUAUCUUUUAAUGAAGUUGAGAGGCUUGGGAAAGAGAACCCUGCUCAUCCAAGAUUACCUUCAAAUAUUGAUGUUGCAGUCAUUAUGUACACAAGUGGAAGUACUGGCCUGCCUAAGGGAGUUAUGAUUAGUCAUGGGAAUAUUGUGGCCACCGCAGCAGCUGUUAAGACUUUCUUUCCCAAAAUAGACAAUAGUGAUAUUUACUUGGGAUACCUGCCCCUUGCUCAUGUUUUUGAACUAGUAGCUGAGGUUGUGAUGUUAUCGGUAGGUUGUGCAAUAGGUUAUGGUUCAGCUUUGACCUUAACUGAUACAUCAAAUAAGGUUAAAGGAGGGACCAGGGGAGAUGCUUCUAUGUUAAAGCCCACUCUCUUGGCUGCAGUCCCUGCAAUUCUAGAUCGUGUUCGAGAUGGAGUGCUGAAAAAGGUUGCGGAGAAGGGUGGCAAAUCCAAGAAAAUUUUUGUUAUUGGAUAUAAACGGAGAUGUACAGCAGUAGAAGGAAGCUGGCUUGGAGCAUGGGGACUAGAAAAGCUUUUGUGGGAUGCUUUCAUUUUUAAACCAAUACGUAUUAUUCUUGGGGGACGUAUACGUUUUGUACUUUGCGGUGGAGCUCCUUUGUCCAGUGAUACACAAAGAUUCAUCAAUAUAUGCCUGGGAGUUCCAGUAGGUCAAGGGUAUGGGUUAACUGAGACAUGUGCAGGGGGGACUUUUUCUGAAUGGGAUGACUCAAGUGUAGGCCGUGUUGGUCCACCUCUUCCUUGUUGCUACAUUAAGCUCGUGUCUUGGGAAGAAGGUGGCUAUACAACUUCCGACAUCCCAAUGCCCCGAGGAGAGGUGGUAAUUGGUGGAUUUUGUGUGACUAAAGGUUACUUCAGUAAUGAGGAAAAAACUAAGGAGGUCUAUAAACUGGAUGACAGGGGAACACUAUGGUUUUAUACAGGCGAUAUAGGACAAUUUCAUCCUGAUGGUUGCCUCGAAAUCAUUGAUAGGAAAAAGGAUAUUGUUAAACUACAACAUGGAGAGUAUGUAUCUCUUGGAAAGGUUGAGGCAGCGCUGGCAGCAAGCAGUUAUGUGGACAACAUUAUGGUGUAUGCCGAUCCAUUCCACAACUACUGUGUCGCCUUGGUUGUACCCUCUCAUCAGAGUGUAGAAAAAUGGGCUCAGACUGCUGGCAUUCAAUACAAAAACUUUUGCGAGCUGUGCCAGAACAAUCAAGUUAUCCAUGAAGUCCAGCAAUCUCUUUUGAAGGCAGCAAAAGCUGCAAACCUCGACAAGUUUGAAGUCCCUGCGAAGACCGCUCUGCUGCCUGAUCCAUGGACUCCAGAAUCAGGACUGGUGACAGCUGCUUUAAAGUUGAAGAGGGAGCAACUGAAGAACAAAUUCAGAGACGAGAUCCAAAAGCUUUAUGAAUGAGCCAAGUCUUUUCCCACGUGUUUUCCAACAUUGCAUCGGUUUUAUGCUAGAGUUGUACAUGUUGCAAGCUUGGAGCAUCUUCUUCCCCAUCCAUGCGGUAGUACUUGGAGGCAUCUGAUCCAUGCAUUACUAGGACAGCAGUAUCUUGUUUAUCAGUGCAAUCUUUUCUUCAUCCAACGCGCUAUUAGGAUACUGUUUUCUUUUC